CCGGCACCCGGGACCGGAUCAGCAUCUAUCUCAGCCUCAGUUCGAGUGGCUCAGACGGAACCAUGGACAAUCUGGGCGAUCAGUUGUUUUUAAGCUGUCGGUUUGGAUACGCUGUGUUCGCACGAUAGUCUUCGCUUUGUUACUUUUCGCAACGGUCCCAACGAUGGUUUGCUUAUAGCAAUCUUUGUGUUAUUAGAUCGGUCUGCUGGUGUCAGUUAGGCUGAACAUACUUAUCUUCGGUUUGCGCAAGUCUUUGGUGGUAAGCUCUAAUCAGAAUUUGCAUAAAAUAUCAAAAUUCAAUUCGCGACCUCGGUUUGCAUAGUGGAUUUCACCCGAACGGAAAUGUGGAGAAGUUGAAAUUGUUCUGUGCAGGAGAGCGAAAUUUGGCGUAAACCCCCAUAAAGAAAAGAUAAAAGAUUGUUGGUCCCCUCGGCUGGGAGCGACUGAACGUGGAUGUGUCUAUAUAGAGACGGCGGGUAUGCGUCAUCGGCUCGUCGCACGGAUGGAUCCCCUAGUUUUCUGUCGUUUUUGUUAUUUUAUGUGAUGACCCCAAUGCGUUUCUAUCUCGAUGGUAUUAAAUGUUUUCUGUGCUAAUUAGUGGUUAUCUAAAUUGAAGUCAAGUGGAAGGUUAAGAUAAUAAUACGUAGCUAAUAGCCGACAACCAAGCGCAACGGAGAUAUAUUCAUCGCUGGAAUUGUGCGUGCUUACGGCAGUGGCAUUCUAUUAUAGUAAUCGUCCUAGUGGUUCGACGCAUCUAAAGAGUGCAAGAACUCUAUAGUCGGCCCAGGAUAAUAGUGCACACCUCGAGUAGUGAUAACAACAAAAGCCUUGCAUCUGAGUCGCCUCAUUAGAUACAGAUUAUGUGCAGUGCUAACUUACUAGCUAUCUGAUAGUGCGAAUACUCGUUGAAUGUGCUUCACGUUUCCCAAUACAAACUAGGAAGAGUAAGAAAACCCAAUUCGUCCCUAGCUUCAGAUAGGAUAUGGAAAGUGCGCAAUGGGAUAUCAAGGCGGAGGAAGUAUGCAAGUUUUCCACAAUCAUCGACGCUCUCUUAUGUGUCCCUCGCUGGCAGUAACCCAGCUGUUCGGAUUACCCUUGGUGGCGAUUAUAUUCACGUGUCUUUGCUGUACAGCAACAAUAACGACCACGCUUGCAGCAUCAACGGCAGUAACAACAGCUUCCGAGAACUCAAUGCCUACAAGUUCAAUUACAGGAUGCUCAUCAUCAUCGGAUGCAAAUUGUCUGAAGUGCAACAUCGAGGGAUGUGUUAAAUGUCCUAUGCUUCUUCAAGUCAACACAAGGCGUUGCAUAGAUGUCUGCCCUUCUGGUUACGUCGAACAAUGGUCAACAAGUCCAGAUUUCAUGGGUCGAAUCUGUCAACCUACAAGUAUUUCGGGACCAAUCCUAGCUGCAAUUGUAGGGAUCACAGCUGGCUUCCUUGUUUGUGUGGCAUUAAUUAUAGGAGCUUUCGUACUAGUCAGAAAGAAGCGACGAAGAAAACACAUCAAAGAAAAGCUUAUCAAUGAAACUAAUAUUGAUAGAGCGGAUUUCUUGAGACAGUUGGACGACAUCCGACCGGAGGCGGAGUAUAUUUUGGCAAUGCUCAACGACACUAGAAGGCAAAUUAGAAAACUGUAUUUAUCCGGGGAAACCGCGUCUGCCAACUCGUAUAGACCGAUAAUCCGCGACUUAGCGAAAUUGUUGAUACUACUGAAUCGGCCUAUUGAACUAAUACCUUCACCGCCACCUGACUGGAAUCGGCUUUACACCUGGGCUGAAAGAGCAUUGGAGCGAUAUAAGCCCCAAGUUGGGCAGCUCAUAGAUUUCCUACAAGCUCCACCAGAUCCCCGACUGGAUCCAUUCAAAAAUUCGACAUUUAGGUCUAAGAAUAACGGACUUACAACGACUGAUGCGCUAAGUAGUUCUUUACCUAAUCAACAGCAGCUGCAAUUGUUCGGGUCUCUUAUAAGCCUCCACGAAUUCGAAGAGCCGCAUCCAUCAGAUCCUUUCAAUAGUAACAGCUAUAGUAACAAUAAAGGAAAUUUGAUUUCGACUGAUCUGCAUGCCAGUUCUUUAUGGCUUGAAGAUGAGUUCUUUAAGCUCGGCUUUAGGCCUCAAGACGAGAUUACUACCGAACUUUGAAAGAAAGAGUUGUGCUUUAAAUCCAAAGGUAUUUUUUUAAGUCGAAUAAAUUUUGAUAGAUCAUUUAAUUAAUGUCCUUAAUCCUUAAUUUACACGGAAAAAUAUUAAUAUCAAGGAGAUUUGCUUCUUCACACCACAAUUUCAAAGCUUGUACAAACUUCCAGAAAUCCGUUAACUGGUGAUCAUUAAAACAGGACAAUAGUUCUAAAUUGUCUCCCGGUUUUGAUAUACCAUUGUAAGUUACAGACCAAAUAUCACUCGACGCUUCAAGCAGCCAUCCCUACUCAAAGCUGUCCACACGUAUGCAAGUCUACGAGAAACACCACAGCUUCAAAAUCAUGAGCCUGAUCCGACUGAAAAAAUACCUUAACAUCACGUAAUACUAGAGUAGGAAACUUGUUACCAGACUGUAAAUACUUUUAAUUGAAUAGGUGUUUAAAUGUUCAUUAAAAUUAAAUAUUUUCUUGCUUUUACUCUACACUCUACAAUGUAAUGUAUUAUUAGGUUUAAAACAAGCUACGAAGAGUUUUUUGUAAAAUAUAUUUCAACGAUAUUUUGCUCACAAACUCAAUUGUGAUUCUUGAUCUUUGUAUAUUAUUUUAAAUGAAUGUCAAACGAAUGUUACAAUGCAAUGUUUUUUUGUAAUUAUAUUUGUAUGUCUUUUUAUAAAUUAGUGAAAUCUGAAAAAUUUGUAAAUAAUGUGUAGAAUUAUAAUAUUUAUUUAGUACAAAAACAUCAUGUAAAUGGGUCCAAAUUGAAAGAACGAAAAAUUAAAAAUAUUUAAGUAGUAUUUGUCUGCAAAUGCUGGUGUUAAUUUUUCUGCUAUAUCAAGCACAAAUAUACACAAUUUUUACGCUAGUCAGCUAAUUUAUAAAUAAAGACAUCCCAGUUGAAUGAAUAAGUAA